AAACAGAUGGCUACAAGUGAUGUCCCAUGCUGUGAGCCAAGGUUCUGGAUGUAUCUUCUGAUAUGUGUGGGUUUGGUUGCUUUUGCUGGUCUUAUGUCGGGCCUUACGCUAGGACUUAUGUCGCUCAGUUUGGUCGAUCUCGAGGUCCUUGCCAAGUCUGGCAGGCCUGACGAUCGCAAAAAUGCUGCCAAAAUUCUGCCCAUAGUAAAGAACCAGCAUUUGCUUCUUUGCACGCUCCUUAUAAGCAAUGCCAUGGCAAUGGAGGCUCUGCCCAUCUUCAUCGAUGCCCUUCUCCCAGCUUGGGGAGCCAUUGUGAUAUCAGUCACUCUCAUACUAACUUUCGGAGAGAUUAUUCCUCAAGCUAUUUGCUCAAGGUAUGGAUUGAGCGUCGGCGCAAGGCUGUCGGUCAUUGUUCGGGUGCUUCUCUUAGUCCUCUUUCCUUUGGCUUACCCCAUCAGUAAGAUAUUAGAUUGGCUUCUGGGCAAGGGGCAUUCUACACUUCUAAGAAGGGCAGAGCUCAAGACAUUUGUGGAUAUGCAUGGGAACAAGGCAGGCAAAGGUGGAGAAUUGACUCAAGAAGAAACCACCAUAAUCACUGGAGCUUUGGACAUGACACUCAAAACUGCCAAGGAUGCUAUGACUCCGUUAUCCAAAUUGUUUUCACUUGAUAUAAAUUCCAAACUUGAUGAGAAAACCAUGGAGAUCAUUUUAAGGAAAGGACAUAGUCGAGUGCCGAUCUACUCGGGACAUCCAACUAAUAUCAUCGGUAUUAUUUUGGUUAAAGAUCUGAUCAAAUUUGAUCCACAGGAUGAAACUCCCAUCAGAAAUCUCACCAUCAGAAAAGUUCCAAGGGUACAUGAGAACUUACCUUUAUAUGACAUAUUGAACCAGUUCCAACAAGGACAUAGUCAUAUGGCUGUUGUCAUUAAGAGCCACAAGGAAGCCAGAGAGCCAGCAGAUUCCAAAACUGCGGAUUUUAACGAAUCAGAACUCGAAACCACGACGAGAACCGAAACGGAGUUGGAAUAUAUUAAGCUGCAGAUAAGGAAUAUCCAUUCUAAUGUAAGUAGUGAGACAAAUGGAAAAUCAAUGCCAGAUUUUGAUGAAGAUGUUAUUGGUAUCAUAACGCUGGAAGAUGUCAUGGAAGAACUUUUACAGGAAGAGAUAUUGGAUGAGACUGACGAAUACGUUGCUGUUCAUAACAAGCUGAAAGUGAAUAUGAGAGUAAGGAGAUCAAAGUCAGAAUCUCCAGGAGCAGCCCAUCUGCGCUGGAUAUCACCAAUGCCAUCCCCACUGUCUUCAUACCAUCACUCUCCACUUUCUUCAUCGUAUAAUCACUCACCAAUGCCUCCGCGUAUUCACUCCCCAUUUACUCCACCGCCUCUCUCUUCUUCCCUUGGAAAUUACUUGCACUCUUCUCCCACUCCAUCUCCCGUUUCUCCAAAUAAGGUUUCAAGGAAAUCGUACGAAAAGCUGAAGCAGGCAUAUGGAUCAUAGAGCGCAGUUUUUAUUUUAUUUCUGUUGAUAUCAAAUAGUCUCGUGAAGCUACUCGUUACUUAAAGGGUUUAAUUAAACGAGGAUGCAUGCUUGGCCUUAA